AUGGAGCCCUCUGGUACUGAGCAAUUGUGUGAUGACCCUGAUCCUGGAGGCAAAUCCCAAGAUCAAGAGACCAAAAAACAACAUGAAUCAGAGCAAAAAUUAUCCAAAAUAACCCAUAAUGCUUUGGAGAACAUUAAUGUCAUUGGUCAAGGCUUGAAGCACCUUUUCCAGCAUCAGCGCAGGAGGUCGUCAGUUUCUCCGCACGAUGUUCAGCAAGCUCAGGCUGAUCUGGAGCCUGAAAUGGAUCUGGAAAGCCAAAGCGUCUGUGCUGAAAUUGAUGGUGUCUCCACCCACCCCACAGCUCUGAACCGGGUGCUUCAGCAGAUCAGAGUGCCACCUAAAAUGAAGAGAGGGACGAGCCUGCACAGCAGGCGGGGCAAGGCAGACGCCCCGAAAGGAAGCCCACAGAUCAACAGGAGGUCUGCCCAAGAUAUUCAGUCAGGUCGGCCCAGAUCGUCAUCUACUACAGAUGCUCCCACAAACUUGUCCGUGAUGGAGAUUGCUUCUUCUAUCUAUGUAGCGGGCGCUGCUGCUCCGCCGGGCCAAGGUACCGCGGGGCGGAUCGAGCGAUUGGAAGUCAGCAGCUUAGCACAGACCUCCAGUGCAGUGGCCUCAAGCACCGAUGGCAGCAUCAAUGCAGACUCUGUUGAUGGGACCCCAGAUCCUCAGCGUACAAAAGUGGCUAUCACACAUCUGCAACAGAAGAUACUGAAGUUGACCGAGCAGAUCAAAAUCGAACAAACAGCCCGUGAUGACAACGUGGCAGAGUACCUGAAACUGGCCAACAAUGCAGACAAGCAGCAAAGCGCCCGCAUUAAGCAAGUGUUUGAGAAGAAAAAUCAAAAGUCAGCCCAGACCAUCUUGCAGCUGCAGAAGAAACUGGAACAUUACCAUCGAAAGCUGCGAGAGAUUGAACAGAAUGGGAUCCCUCGGCAGCCGAAGGAUGUCUUCAGGGAUAUGCAUCAGGGUUUGAAAGAUGUUGGAGCAAAAGUCACUGGCUUCAGUGAGGGAGUAGUAGACAGUGUAAAAGGUGGGCUUUCCAGUUUCUCCCAAGCCACGCAUUCAGCAGCAGGAGCUGUGGUUUCCAAACCCCGGGAGAUUGCCUCCCUCAUAAGGAACAAGUUCGGGAGCGCAGACAACAUUGCUAAUCUGAAAGACUCCUUAGAUGAAGGCCAGGAAGAUGGGACAGGAGGCAAGGCUCUAGGUGUUAUUCAGAACUUUCAGUCAAGCCCAAAAUAUGGCAGUGAAGAGGAUUGCUCCAGUGCCACAUCGGGCUCAGUGGGAGCCAACAGCACAACAGGGGGCCCCGUGGGAGCCUCUAGCUCCAAAACAAACACUCUGGAUAUGCAGAGCUCAGGGUUUGAUGCAAUACUGCAUGAGAUUCAAGAAAUUCGAGAGACACAGGCAAGACUGGAAGAAUCAUUUGAGGACCUUAAGGUUCGCUAUCAGAGGGAUUACUCAUUAAUAAUGCAGACUCUGCAGGAGGAGCGGUACAGAUGUGAAAGACUUGAAGAGCAGCUAAAUGACCUGACUGAGCUCCACCAGAAUGAGAUCCUCAAUUUAAAACAGGAGCUGGCCAGCAUGGAGGAGAAAAUUGCCUAUCAGUCUUAUGAGCGAGCCCGGGACAUCCAGGAGGCGCUGGAAGCAUGCCAGACCCGCAUCUCCAAGAUGGAGCUGCAGCAGCAGCAGCAGCAAGUGGUGCAGCUGGAGGGGCUGGAGAACGCCACGGCCAGGAACCUGCUGGGGAAGUUCAUCAACAUCCUCCUGGCUGUCAUGGCUGUCCUCCUCGUCUUCGUCUCCACUGUGGCCAACUGCGUCGUGCCCCUCAUGAAGACUCGCAAUAGGACGUUCAGCACUUUAUUUAUAGUGGUUUUCAUUGCCUUUUUGUGGAAGCACUGGGAUGCCAUCACCGGCUACUUGGAACGGUUCUUGUCUCCCCCCAGAUGAUGGUGGCAGGAAUUGGCUGCGUCGCCCUCAUCCCGGCGCUCUCGGUGAGCAAGCGUGGCAAAGAUUAGUCAGCAACUACUCUGCUGAAGUUUUAAAGUGUCCGAGUGAAUUUGUUUACAUUUAGAAUAACGUUUUUUCUCUGCGAGAUGCAUUGCAAUAGUAUUUUUUAGAUUUUAUUGAAGAACUCUUUUUGGCGAGAAUCCUGGAUAAUUUUUAUGUAGCAUGGUUCUCUUUGGAUGCAAAUCUUAAGAUUCUUUAAAGUGUACAAAAGAAAUAAAUAAAAUACAGAAAUUUGGAGCAUACCAACGGGCAAUUUAAAUUGUGGCUUGAACUACUGUACUAAACCUGUCAGGAAGAAGAGAAUGUGAUGAGCUUAAGAUAAGCGAAGCUAAAUGUAGUGCACAGCCUUGAAUUGAUGGUACCACAGCAAACCUAUAACACUAAACUUUUACUGUGAAGUCUGCUCACAUUCCAUGUCCAAAUGUAUGCGUUCAGAGUGGUUUAUUUCCUUAACAAGAGAAAAACAACAACGUGUGGAUCUCUUUCCCAGCUCAGCAUCUGGGUUCACCGUUUGUGCUAACCUGACUUACAAUAACUUUCUAUAAGGCUGGCUAACUUUGCUAAGUAUAUGAAGCGGAAGCCUCAUGCCAUACACAGUAACUGCACAGUUGUGCUACAGUAUUUUGAAGUAGUCCUUGAAAUACUUAUCUUUAAGCAGAAGCCCUUGGUCGCACUUUUAAGGUUUUUUUUAUAUAUGUAUAUUCACAGAUUUAAAAAAAAUCCGAACAGCAUACUUGAAGAGUGUAAUACUCAAACUCUCAGUGCUUCCUUAUUGUUUCUAAUAGG